GAAUUUAAAUGGACUUUUGACAAAUCAUUUGACCAUUUAAAUGAUCCGAACUCCGAUUCAGAUUCAUUUAUUUGGUACACAAGAAAGGAAAUAAACUUUGCUGCGACUUCUAAUUUGGAACAUGCUAUACAACAGACUGAAGAAAAAGUUGCUAAAAUCGCAGCUGAAUAUCGCGGACAAAACCGUAAAUUCCGAGAUCGAGAAUUCGACAUAUAUGUGAACAUGAAUGAUUGUCUUUAUAAUUCUAAGAAAGUCAAGUUCACAGCCACUAAUAAUGUAAAACGUGUUACAGAUAUUUACAAAAAUCCGCAGUUUUUCAUCAAUGGUGUUGAACCCAAUGAUAUUAGACAAGGUGAAGUUGGCGAUUGUUGGUUUGUUGCUUCAUUAGCC